AUGACCUCCACUGCCGUCAUGCCCGUGCGAUCGAGGUCCUCUCUCCGCGCGUUAGACUCGAACGACACGGGUGAGAAUUCCAUCCACCCGCCCCCCUCAGAGCGACCUCGCCUCAACCCUGUCCCAUCGCGUCGUCGCAAGAGUUCCCCCGACCUGUUAGACACCACGAUCGAAAGCACACCAUUCUCCGCCUCGACCAAGCUCCGCCGACCGCGACCGCUCUUCGCCCUUUCCUCCGCCCACACCACUUCCUCUCCGCCACCUGCUGGCAACACUCCGCGCGCCAGAAACCUCCGUCUUCACCACCAUGAUACCCCAAUCUCUACCUCAACGGCGCUAUACAUGAAUGGUGGUCUCGAGCCCGAAUCCCCCGAUCCCCUCGAUACAAUCUCUCCUGCGCCGGCUCCUGCUACCCUCAAAUCCGCCCAAGAACCAUCUAAUACUACUACGCCCACCUCCGCCGCCUACCGUCAGCGCCGUGUUACGCAGCCGCCGAAAUCGGCGUCGGAACAAGUUAUAAAAGAGCCUCCAAAAUCGAAAAAUACCCGUAUCCCUCGAGGAUCAACGAUCCCUCCUUCAGACGACUCAAUUCCUCAGUCAUUAACAGUACCUGCCGCAACGGCUCCGGAGAAGCGGCGGAGCCUUCGCUCCCAUGAUGGGAGCUCGAGGGCGAAAAGUGAAUUGGCACUGUACUUUCCGAAUUAUGAUCAAGUGAUAAGUCUAGAGCCUCCGAAGACAGAAUUGCUUUCGGGAAAUACUGUGAUCAAGCUGAUUGACGACCUUGCUGAGCCUCCCAUCCCUCCUUCUACCUUGUCGAGUUCCGACAGCGACACACCAUUUGGAAACCCUUUGGUUAAUCUACAUAAAUGCGAAGUUAUCAACCUUCCUGGUCCUCCCACGCCAUCAAAUAAUGACACUGGGGCUGAAUCUGGAGAGAAUGGUGGGGAAGACCCCCUCAACGAAGAAUUCUUUUUCAAAGCCCAUCGACGACACGAACGACAGGAGAAGCAGCUCCGAAACAUCGAGCGGGACCGUGCGCAGCACGAUAAACAGCAACUAGACCGUCUUCUGGAUGAGCUGAAGAGCCAAGAUUGGCUGCGUGUCAUGGGGAUCACUGGUCGAAGCCUGUCAGAUCAGGACAAAAAACUAUACGAGCCAAAGCGGGACUAUUUCAUCAAAGAAAUAUCCGCGCUUCUUCAGAAGUUCAAGAUUUGGAAGGAAGAAGAAAAGCGACGUAAGCUUGACAAAGAUAAGAAUUCGUCUUCUCACUCCGACGCUGCCGAACCUUUCCACGCAAAAGAAAACGAGAAAGAAGAGGAAGAAGACGCCAGCGAACCGCCACCAGACGACGUCGAUGCUCUAGCAGCCCGGCAACUCCUUCAAGAAGCUCGGUCUGCUACAGCCGGGAAACGGCCAAAAGUGAAGCUGGAGCCCGAACUGCCACCUGCUCCUGAACUACCAAAGCCGUUCACAUCCUUUUUCGCGAAACCUCAUCUGCGAGAGCAAGCCAUGUCGGGGAAUCGUAAGGGCCGCAGCCGCUUCGCAUUUGGGCAGCCGAUACCUGACGUUGAGGAGAGAGAAUUUGAGCUUCCAGGUGAUAUAUUAACACCAGAAGCGAUCAAGUCAUGCCAACGAAAGAGAAGACGGUUGAAGCGGGCGAGUUCAAACUGA